AAGUAACUCCGAACUUCCAAAUGUCACGUGAAAUAAAAGCUUUUCCACCAGACGUUGCAGUCGAGCUACAUACGUAGUAAUGUCAUUAUUUCGUUGAUCGUCGUAGUUCGGUGUGGCGCAGAAGAAACCUGUUGAUUAAUCAUUCCAUUUUCUAUUAUUAAGUAAGAGCUCACACUUGUAACUCCACACCACCAACAAACAUGUCCAACUUGAAGCGUUUCGAUGAUGAGGAACGUGAGUCCAGAUAUGGCCGCGUCUAUGCUGUCUCCGGUCCUGUCGUCACUGCCGAAUGCAUGUCUGGCUCUGCUAUGUACGAAUUGGUACGUGUAGGCUACUAUGAAUUGGUCGGUGAAAUUAUCCGUUUGGAAGGUGACAUGGCCACCAUCCAGGUAUACGAAGAAACCUCUGGUGUAACUGUCGGUGAUCCCGUCUUGCGUACUGGCAAGCCCUUGUCCGUUGAAUUGGGUCCCGGUAUUAUGGGCAGCAUUUUUGACGGUAUCCAGCGUCCCCUGAAAGACAUCAACGAAUUAACCAGCUCCAUUUACAUUCCUAAGGGUGUCAAUGUACCCUGUUUGUCUCGUACCACCAGCUGGGAAUUCAAUCCCCUCAAUGUUAAGGUUGGCUCACACAUCACCGGUGGUGAUUUGUACGGUUUGGUCCAUGAAAACACCUUGGUCAAGCACAAAAUGAUUGUCGGUCCCCGUUCCAAGGGUACUGUUCGCUACAUUGCCCCCGCUGGCAACUAUCAUGUCGAUGAUGUUGUCUUGGAAACCGAAUUCGAUGGUGAGGUCACCAAACACACUAUGUUGCAAGUUUGGCCCGUACGUCAACCUCGUCCCGUUGCUGAGAAAUUGCCCGCCAAUCACCCCUUGUUGACCGGUCAACGUGUCUUGGAUUCGUUGUUCCCUUGUGUUCAAGGUGGUACCACUGCCAUUCCCGGUGCUUUCGGUUGCGGUAAAACUGUCAUCUCACAAGCCUUGUCCAAAUACUCCAACUCCGAUGUCAUUAUCUACGUCGGUUGCGGUGAACGUGGUAACGAAAUGGCUGAAGUAUUGGGUGACUUCCCUGAAUUGUCCGUUGAAAUCGAUGGUGUCACUGAAUCUAUCAUGAAACGUACCGCCUUGGUUGCCAACACCUCCAACAUGCCUGUCGCUGCUCGUGAAGCCUCCAUCUACACUGGUAUCACCUUGUCCGAAUACUUCCGUGAUAUGGGUUACAACGUAUCUAUGAUGGCUGAUUCCACCUCCCGUUGGGCCGAAGCUCUUCGUGAAAUUUCUGGUCGUUUGGCUGAAAUGCCUGCCGAUUCUGGCUACCCAGCCUACUUGGGUGCCCGUUUGGCCUCCUUCUACGAACGUGCCGGUCGCGUCAAGUGUUUGGGUAACCCCGAACGUGAAGGUUCCGUCUCCAUUGUCGGUGCUGUAUCUCCACCUGGUGGUGAUUUCUCUGAUCCCGUUACUUCUGCCACUUUGGGUAUUGUCCAAGUGUUCUGGGGUUUGGACAAGAAAUUGGCUCAACGCAAACAUUUCCCCUCCAUCAAUUGGUUGAUUUCCUACUCGAAAUACAUGCGUGCUUUGGAUGAUUUCUAUGACAAGAACUUCCCCGAAUUCGUGCCAUUGCGUACCAAGGUCAAGGAAAUCUUGCAAGAAGAAGAAGAUUUGUCCGAAAUCGUACAAUUGGUCGGUAAGGCCUCGUUGGCUGAAACCGAUAAGAUCACCUUGGAAGUUGCCAAGUUGUUGAAGGACGAUUUCUUGCAACAGAACUCGUACUCAUCCUAUGACAGAUUCUGCCCCUUCUACAAGACUGUGGGUAUGUUGAAGAACAUCAUUGCCUUCUACGAUAUGGCCCGUCACUCGGUUGAAUCCACCGCCCAAUCAGAGAACAAGAUCACAUGGAAUGUGAUCCGUGAGGCUAUGGGUAACAUUAUGUACCAAUUGUCUUCGAUGAAAUUCAAGGACCCCGUUAAGGAUGGUGAAGCUAAGAUCAAGGCCGACUUUGAACAAUUGCACGAAGAUUUGCAACAAGCCUUCAGAAAUUUGGAAGACUAAGAGAUGUCAUCAUUGGAGUGUAGCCGUUA